ACACUGGAAGAAAAUGGCUGCAGCUCCGACUUUUUUUCAAUGAAGACACUAAUAUUUCAAUUUCAUUUCGUUUUCUCGCAUCGGAGCCACAGUCGACCGCUAUGCAAUCUACAAGGGUGUGAAUGGUCACUAUAGGAAGGUGACAGUGUGGGGCAGAAAGGACAGCAUCGUCUACCGUCACUCGCCUUGCAGCUGGCGGUGGACCACAAUGCAACAAGUUUUGGAAUAUGCAUUGGAUCGAGCCGAGUACAUUGUUGAAAGUGCUCGACAACGACCAGCCAAAAGAAGAAUUUCAUCUGGCGGGAGGAAGAGUUUGUAUCAGAAGCUCUAUGAGCUGUACAUAGAGGAAUGUGAGAAAGAGCCAGAGUUAAAGAAUUUGAGGAGAAAUGUGAAUCUACUGGAGAAGCUGGUGUCUCAGGAGUCUGUGUCAUGUCUGGUGGUCAACCUGUACCCUGGGAAUGAAGGCUAUUCUCUAAUGCUCAGGGGCAAAAAUGGAUCUGAUUCUGAAACAAUCCGUCUGCCAUAUGAAGAGGGAGAGCUGCUGGAGUACCUAGAUGCCGAGGAGUUGCCUCCUAUUCUGGUGGAUCUGUUGGAGAAAUCACAGGUGAACAUCUUCCACUGUGGCUGCGUAAUAGUAGAGGUGAGAGACUACAGGCAGUCUGGAAAUACCAAGAUGCCAACCUACCAGAGCAGACACGUCCUGCUGCGUCCAACCAUGCAGACUCUGAUCUGUGAUGUCCACGCCAUGACGAGUGACCAUCACAAGUGGACACAGGAUGAUAAAUUACAGCUGGAGAGUCAGUUGAUUUUGGCCACAGCUGAACCUCUGUGCCUGGACCCUUCCAUCUCUGUCACCUGCACAGCCAACCGCCUGCUCUACAACAAACAGAAAAUGAACACUCGCUCCAUGAAACGGUGUUUCAAGAGGCACUCUCGAGCUGCACUGAACAGGCAGCAGGAACUGUCCCAUCUGCCCAUGCCACCGCAGCUUCGACUCUACGACUACCUACAGAGGAGGAAGGAGAGGAAACCUGCUCCCGUCAUAGACCUGAAGAUCUCCAAGAUCGGAAACUGUGUUGACAUGUGGAAGCAGAGCAACUGCCAACUAACUGUACCGAAGGAAAUUGAUGUGGAAAAGUACGCCGUGGUGGAGAAAUCCCUGCAAUUGGAGGACUCUCAGCCCACCACUGUGAUCUGGCCUGCUGAGGAAGUUGUAGACGACUACACGCUUGAGUGUGAGGUGGGGGGCCAAGCGCAGAGGACCAAGGUGUCUAUCUUCCAGUCGAUGGGCGAUCCACUGGUGUAUGGGAAGAUCUACUGUGCUAAAGAACCCAAAGCAGAGGAGGACAGCACAGACUUAAAGCUCAUACAUCCCCCCUUCCUCAUAGGCUCGAAGACAGACGCAGACCGGUUUCUUACUCAGUACAAAGGGGUGUAUGAGAGGGAUAUGAAGUGUGUCGUCAAGAUGACCCAUAACUCAGUCAACGUGGGACAGGGGCCUCCCUCCCCCAGCAAAGAUGAGGGUGAUGGUAUUUCUCCACUGGUCCAGACGUCUGUUUUGGGGAAAGGGGUUAAGCACAGACCCCCUCCCAUCAAACUGCCUUCAGGAUCAGGCAGCAGCUCCUCAGGUAAUCCAUAUAGUUCACAAACCACCAGUGGUCUACUCAAGUGUCCUACGCCCCCUCCAGCCAAAAGCCAGUCUCUGAACAGGAAGCACUCCAUGGAGCUGGGCCAGGUGGGCCUGCUGUCGCCCGCCUCCCUCUCCCCUAUGGGCUCCACACAGAGAUCUGGAACCCCCAAGCCAUCCACCCCCACACCCACCAACACGCCGUGCUCCACCCCGCACCCCACCGACUCCCUCGCUGCUCCUCUCUCGGUGACCCCUACCCCUUCAGAUCCUCCCAUGGUUCAGAGCCAGUCGCAGCCCGCCCUCCUCACGCCUUUCCCCCAGCAGCAACUGGCUCUAAGCCAGCCGCUGCCCGUCAUGACCAUUCCCCUGCCCACCAUGGGUACGUCCAUCACCACAGGAACCACGUCAUCGCAGGUCAUGGCCAACGCUGCAGGGCUGAAUUUCAUCAAUGUAGUCAGCUCAGUCUGCAGUCCUCAGACCUUGAUGAGUGGCUCCAACCCCAUGCUGGGUCCAGGCCUUAAUCUGAGUGGAAUCCUGCCACCUGGAGGGCUGAUGCCCACCAUGCAGUCCGCGGCACAGACUGGGAGUCAUUUUGGCCUGAACAGCAGUACUGGGUUGAGACCACUGAACCUACUGCAGCUCCCCACUGGUCCUCUCAUCUUUAACUCUCUGCAGCAGCAACAGCUGUCUCAGUUCUCCCCACAGCAGAGUCAGUCGGCCACCUCCAGUCCUCAACAGCAGGGCGAGACGGGUGAUCAGGGGUCAGAUCAAAGUAUAGGAAACCAGCAAACCGCGGUCAUCAACCUUGGAGUCGGAGGGUUCAUGUCUCCACAGGCAGCAGUGCUGUCCCAGUUGGGCUGUGGGCUGGACGGGUCUGGGCCCCCACUGCCUUCUCCAAGGCUUCAGCAGCAGCACCAGCCACAGAUCCAAUUGCAAUUCUUGCAGCACCAAAUGCAGCAGCAGCAAAUGGCUAUGGGAGCAGCAGCUCCUCAGGGGGGAGCACCACGGCAACAUACCGCCAGCCAACCAAGAAGUAAGAGGAAGAGGAGCACGCCACAGCCCCUCCCAAAGUCAUGACAGACUAAAAUCACACUAAACCCCACCCCACCCCCAGCUACACAAGGACGUGAAUGAUCCAUACUGUGCUCUUUGUCUGCCUCACUGUGGAGACUGCAGACAAAAAAAAGACUUUUUUUUUUUUUUUUUUUUCCGUUUUUGUUUGUCUUUUUCUAGCUGACAAAUUUGUAUGUAAUGGUUGUCAGAGGUUUUGGAGAACCAAAACUGUGUCCACCAUAGAGGAUGGGGCUUUUAGAACAGGGAGCCCUACGCUUUAAGAACCUUAGUGAUAUUUUUUUGAGAUGAAACAGAAAAAGAUGGUUCUUGUAGGUAUUGGGCUUCCACGAUAACAGAUCGCCCCUUCAGGAAGAUUUGUUUUUUUGUUUUCUAUGGAGACCCCCGUGGACUGAGAGGAUCAUGAAUGCACAUUCUCAGAGGAUUCCUCAUGAGCCUUCCUGAUCCUCGUGCCUCUGCUUGGUUGACCCCCGGUAGAAACUGCCCUUUAAGCACAGAUCCCAGCUGAGCUUAUUGACACCAAAUCCUCCAUAUAACCAUUACAUGUGAAAAUGCAAAUCUGAUCUUGGCUUAGUGCCUGGGGGCAGCUCUCUACCUCUCAGUCUGUUGGAAGUCUUUCUUCUGUUAGCAAUCCCGGCACAGGGCUCAACCGAGGACUCAAGAUCAACAUGCAAGACGGUGUACCUGCUUUUGUACAGCACAUUUUGAAAAGGCAUUUCCUUUUAAUUAGUUCAGGAGCCAUGGGCGUAUUCUUACAAGACAUCAUCUGAGCGUGUGUGUGUGUGAGACGUUUCUGGACACUGAGAAAUAAUUUUUUAAGCAGUCUUUGUCAGCAGUUUUAUUGUUAUUAAAAAAAAAAGAAUAUAUAUUGACAGUGGAAAAUACAGCUUUUAGAUAAAAA